GACGCGCUUCGCUUUCGGCGUUUUCAUUUUCCGGACGUACUGGCAAAUUUUGACCGCUGGCACCGGAACUACUACGCAUGCGUCGUCCCUAUGCAUGGUGAGCUUUCUGAUUCUCGCUGCCGCUGCGGGAGCAGUGGUAAUCUUGCUGGUCGUGAGACUCUGUGUCGUGCUUCAGCCCGGUCACGUCGUUCCCCGAGAGUCUGUCGGACUCCUGAUAGUUGCUGGAUCCGGUGGACAUACCACUGAGAUCCUGAGGCUGGUUGGAAGCUUGUCCAGUGCUUACUCCCCCAGGGAUUACGUCAUUGCCGACUCUGAUACGAUGAGUGCCAAGAAAAUUGUUUCUUUUGAAGAUGCUCGAAAGAAAGACUCUGCUACUGAGUGCACCCCUUACCGCCUUCACCGCAUUCCAAGAAGCCGGGAAGUUCGGCAGGCCUGGCUGUCCUCAGUGUUCACCACCCUAUACUCCACGUGGUUUUCCUUUCUCCUGGUUUGCCGAAUAAAGCCAGAUUUGGUGCUGUGUAAUGGACCAGGAACAUGUGUUCCCAUCUGUGUGUCUGCCCUGCUCCUUGGGAUACUUGGAAUAAAGAAAGUGAUCAUUGUUUACGUCGAGAGCAUCUGCCGAGUGGAGACUUUAUCCCUGUCUGGGAAGAUUCUCUUCCACCUCUGUGAUUGCUUCAUCGUUCAGUGGCCGGCUCUUAAGGAGAAGUACCCCAAGUCUGUGUACCUUGGGCGAAUUGUUUGACAAGUGGCAGCUUAAGAAUCUUGAGAAUUAAUGCAAUUACCAAUAAUAUUUACUAUAUCUAUCUAUCUCUAUUGUAAAGUUCUCCAAAAGUUCAAAGAAUAAUCAGUGGUGAAGGAUUUAAAGUGUGCAAAUAACUCAGUGAAGGAAAACAAAUAACUUUGUCUGCACAUCAAAAUAGUUUUCCAAAUA